AUGGCCAGUCGUCGAACGCCUCUGACUCGGUCGACACGUUCCUCACUUCGAAUCGACCCAUCAUUCCAUGAGUCUGAUGCCUCUGGCUCGCCUUCUCCGGGAGUGGCUGCCGCCUCUCAUUCUCCGUACACGCCAAUAAAUUCGAAUCGACCUUCCCCAAGUGGUUCGGAUUCAAUUGACGACGAGAAAGACAAGGAACCGGCGUCUGGUCCCAAACGGUCCAAUUCUUCAACUUCGACAAGUAGCAAGGGCGAAAAGGAACGGAGAAAACGCUCGCGGGUAACGGCAGAACAACUCGUUCAUCUUGAGCAGUUCUUCGCUGUUGAACGAAGUCCAACUGCUGCGCGUCGGAGGGAAAUCAGCGAAUUGCUUGGCAUGGAGGAGCGCCAGACACAAGUUUGGUUCCAAAAUCGCCGCGCAAAGGCGAAGAUGCUGCAGGCCAAGAACAAGGACACCGUUCAAACUGGCUCUCAUCCGGUGCCGCAGCGACAAGCAGACAUCAUUGUGCCUGAAUCACCACCUAAGCUGCUUACUGGUUUUCAGGCCGACUUGCAGCAGCUCAUUCACGAGAGUGAACCAAUAACUAUUAUUCCAUGUACAAACCUGUCGAUCGGCACUUGGCGCCGCAUAGCAUCGAGUGUCAGCAAGUACGACCUUGUCGCUUAUGUUUGCGAAAGCAAACAGACUUUAGCCUGGUUCAUUUCGUCAAACGGUUGCGGGUUUAAAAUGGAGAUGCCUUUCGACAAUAUCGUCGAGAGUAGAUUUAUUAAUGCGGGACCCGGUUUGGGUCUUGCCUCUUUCACUCUGUCGCGUCCUCCGACCUUUUUCUUGGAACGCAUAGAAUCCGCCUUCAAUGAGGAGCCCCGCCACCGUCGCGCUUGGUCUCAAAGUGCUGACUGGACAGAAGCAUAUCAGGCUACAAAUGUGCUACGCCACGAGCUUAUUGGCUCUGCAUUGCAGCUCUCGCAUCUCGUUCGAGCCCUUCAAAACAGAACGCAGACCUCUGUUAUAUAUCUCCAUACUCCUGCGUAUAGCGGGGCCUCUCCAGUUGAGAUACCACGUCCCCCGAUGGGAAGCUUAACGGAUUCUCAAACUGAGUAUUCCUAUGCGGCUAGCGGGCGGCAAGGUGCUGAUUAUCAGGCACCCACAUUCACUGGUGCUUCGGGCAUACCUCCUACCUCGAUUGGUUAUGCUCCCAAGUCCGUUAACACCGUCGUACCCGCUAUGGCCUUUACGCCGUCUUCAUUCUCCACCCUGUCCACUGCAUGUGCGAUCCCAGACCCUUCUAGCUUUGGAUCAUCGUAUAAUGAGUAUCAAUAUACUGGCGGACAUCAGAUGGUGACGGACAGUGCUGGUGACUAUGGUCAAAAUAUGUCCUCGGGUGCUCCUCCGACUCAUGGCGGACCCUACCUGGCUCAGCCCGUCCCUCGUGCCCUUUAUCGGGAACGUACCCAGUUCGAGCCCAAUUACCAGGCUGAUGGGAUACUCUCAGAGUAUCAGAUGAACGCUCCGGUGGAUCAAUACGACCCGGCUUCCCCUCCACUUUUGACAACCCCAUUCUAUCCGCCGACAAACAUGACUGAGACCUACUCUGACGGUCAAGGUACCAUAACGCCAGGUGUGCCCGCCAUCAAGUACGAGGUUGAUGACGGUUCCGUUCUUAACUAG